AUGAUCUCGGAACGAGAUAGAGAAGAAGGAACUGAAAACGAAAAACCACCAUACAGCUAUGUGGCGCUGAUCGCUAUGGCCAUCGAGGCUUCACCUGAGAAACGGCUCACUCUCAGCCAAAUUUACAAGUUUAUCGACGCAAAAUUCCCAUACUACCGAUCAGCCGAUCCAAAACGUCGCCAGGGAUGGCAGAACAGCAUUCGCCACAACUUGUCGCUCAACGACUGCUUCUUGAAAAGAGCACGUGAUGGAAUGAGCCAUGCAAACGAUCGUAAGGGCAACUACUGGACGCUGGCUGCCGAUUGUACACCAAUGUUUGACAACGGAAACUAUAAGCGAAGACGCAUCAAGCGCACGCCACCUUACGCUUCGAGAUUUCCCUCAGUUGUGGAGAACAAUCAACUCUCGUAUCUUCGACAAUGGCAACUUUCGCGUAUGCAUGGCGCGGCGGCUUUGGAUCCUAUGCACAUGAUGCUAAUGGGCGGAAGUUUACCUUACCAAAUGCCAUCCGACCUAUCUGCUGUUGGUAUGACAUCGUUCGACCAGGCUGGUCCCUCCCUUGCCGCUCAACCUUUACCGUCCUACAACAGCGCGUUCUUUCCAGCCGGAACAAGUGGAAUACUAGCGCCAACCCUCUAUGCCAACGCUGGUCCUUCAACGAUGGCCGCACUGAUGCCUGGCUACGGCAGCACCGCUCCAUGGUCAUUGCCAACGAUAAACUCAUUCUCAGAUCAAGACACUACCUCUCUAUACACGUAUAAUGGAGCCGUAUGA